AUGCAGUUCAGUGUUCUCAUGUGACUGCUACAGUUACUAAAUCAUGAUACUGUAGGUUAACUUUUGGUUGAACAGGUUUUGGAUGUCUGGAUUGGGCUGUUGCCAUAGACUUAGUAAUUAUUUGCAAGGCAACCACCCGAUACAGACUGUGCCUUAUAAGUGAAUUAUUUAUAUCUCUGAGGCCUCCAAUGUUGAUAUAUUACUGCAGUAAAGCUGCUUGUGUAAAAUAUCUUUGGGAACAUAAAAUAACAUGCAAUAAAUACACUUAUUUUGACACAUUUUCGAUAUCUGAGUGAGUGUAAUGUACUAUCAAUUUGCCACUGCAUCUCUGGCUGUCUUGGGUCUCUCCACCACUUAUACAAAGGAAUAGCAGUGCCACAAUAAUUUCACUUAAUGUCAUACAUCCCAGGACUGUCAGCAGUGCUCCAUAUAAACCAGGGAUCUGAGCAGGGGCGCAACCCCCCCCCCCCCCCCCCCCCCCCAUAUUCUGAAAUUGCAUUUUUGUUCCCCCCAGUUUUGUCAUUGGAAUGUGAUACAAAACGAGGCAACAGACCAUGCAGAAGCCUCUAAGCGGUCUGGAGUGUUUAUCUGACUGGAUAAAAAAUAAGUGAUCCCCCCCCCCCCCCCCCCCCCCCCACCCCACCCACUUCUAAAACCAAAGUUGCGCCCCUGGAUCUGAGACACCACUAUACUGGGUUCCCUAACUAUAACCCUAUGGUUUUUCUCUUCUCAGCUCAGUAAGAAGUAUGGCUCAGUGUUUACAUUUUUUACAUUUACGUCAUUUAGCAGACGCUCUUAUCCAGAGCGACUUACAGUUAAUGAGUGCAUACAUAAUUUUUUUAAAUUAUUUUUUCAUACUGGCCCCCCGUGGGAAUCGAACCCACAACCCUGGCGUUGCAAACGCCAUGCUCUACCAACUGAGCUACAUCCCUGCCAGCCAUUCCCUCCCCUACCCUGGACGACGCUGGGCCAAUUGUGCGCCGCCCCAUGGGUUUACUGUAUGGCUGGGCCCCAAACACUGUAGUGGUGAUCUCUGGCUCAGGCCACCGAGUUCAGCGGCAGAGCCAACUAACCUGUGAUCAUGACAGUCUCUAAAGGAUAUUUAUGGUGGGUGUUUAUUUUUUUUUAAUGGGAGUAGGUGGAUGUCAUUGACCUUACCACAGUCUGUCUGUGUGGAAAUUGACAAUUUAGCAGAUAUUACAGUUGAAGUCGGAAGUUUACAUACACUUAGGUUGGAGUCAUUAAAACUAGUUUUUCAACCAUUCCACAAAUUUCUUGUUAACAAACUAUAGUUUUGGCAAGUCGGUUAGGACAUCUACUUUGUGCAUGACACAAGUCAUUUUUCCAACAAUUGUUUCCAGACAGAUUAUUUCACUUAUAAUUCACUGUAUCACAAUUCCAGUGGGUCAGAAGUUUACAUACACUAAGUUGACUGUGCCUUUAAACAGCUUGGAAAGUUCCAGAAAAUGAUGUCAUGGCUUUAGAAGCUUCUGAUAGGCUAAUUGACAUCAUUUUAGUCAAUUGGAGGUGUACCUGUGGAUGUAUUUCAAGGCCUACCUACAAACUUAGUGCCUCUUUGCUUGACAUCAUGGGAAAAUCAAAAUAAAUCAGCCAAGACCUCAGAAAAAAAAUUGUAGACCUCCACAAGCCUGGUUCAUCCUUGGGAGCAAUUUCCAAACGCCUGAAGGUACCACGUUCAUCUGUACAAACAAUAGUACGCAGGUAUAAACCCCAUGGGACCACGCAGACAUCACACCGCUCAGGAAGGAGACGCGUUCUGUCUCCUAGAGAUGAAUGUACUUUUGUGCGAAAAGUGCAAAUCAAUCCCAGAACAACAGCAAAGGACCUUGUGAAGAUGCUGGAGGAAACAGGUACAAAAGUAUCUAUAUCCACAGUAAAACGAGUCCUAUAUCGACAUAACCUGAAAGGCCGCUCAGCAAGGAAGAAGCCACUGCUCCAAAACCGCCAUAAAAAAGACAGACUACGGUUUGCAACUGCACAUGGGGACAAAGAUCUAAUUUUUUGGAGAAAUGUCCUCUGGUCUGAUUAAACAAAAAUAGAACUGUUUGGCCAUAACGACCAUCGUUAUGUUUGGAGGAAAACGGCGGCGGCUUGCAAGCCGAAGAACACCAUCCCAACCGUGAAGCACGGGGGUGGCAGCAUUAUGCUGUGGGGGUGCUUUGCUGCAGGAGGGACUGGCGCACUUCACAAAAUAGAUGGCAUCAUGUGGAAGGAAAAUUAUGUGGAUAUAUUGAAGCAACAUCUCAAUACAUCAGUCAGGAAGUUAAAGCUUGGUCGCAAAUAGGUCUUCCAAAUGGACAAUGACCCCAAGCAUACUUCCAAAGUUGUGGCAAAAUGGCUUAAGGACAACAAAGUCAAGGUAUUGGAGUGGCCAUCACAAAGCCCUUACCUCAAUCCUAUAGAAAAUGUGUGGGCAGAACUGAAAAAGCGUGUGCGAGCAAGGAGGCCUACAAACCUGACUCAGUUACACCAGCUCUGUCAGGAGGAAUGGGCCAAAAUUCACCCAACUUAUUGUGGGAAGCUUGUGGAAGGCUACCCGAAACGUUUGACCCAAGUUAAACAAUUUAAAGGCAAUGCUACCAAAUACUAAUUGAGUGUAUGUAAACUUCUGACCCACUGGGAAUGUGAUGAAAGAAAUAAAAGCUGAAAUAAAUCAUUCUCUCUACUAUUAUUCUGACAUUUCACAUUCUUAAAAUAAAGUGGUGAUCCUAACUGACCUAAGACAGGGAAUUUUUACUAGGAUUAAAUGUCAGGAAUUGUGAAAAACUGAGUUUAAAUGUAUUUGGCUAAGGUGUAUGUAAACUUCCGACUUCAACUGUAUGUUACGUUACAUUAGGUUGAUGUUAUGCUUUUCAAAUUCUUCCUCUUUGUGCUUCUGUCUUACACUUUACUGUAGGAGUGUUGGUGAGCAGUGGGAAGAGAUCGAAAGAUCUUCGCAGGUUCUCCCUGAUGACCCUGAAAAAAACGUUGGGAUGGGGCACAGGAGCAUCGAAGAACGGGUCCAAGAAGAGGCUAAGAUGCUGGUGAAAGCCUUCAGUGAAUAUGGAGCUAGGUUGUUUUCAUGGUAUCUUUCUUGCAUUUGAAAUAUAUUGUAUAAUAACUUUAUGGGCAAUAUUACUCAGGUUGUGGGAAUUAAGUAGAAACUGAAGAUGCAUGGUUUAUUGCAGAAUAUAGUAACAGUAAACCCCCCCCCCCCCCCCCCCCCCCCCCACCCCCCCAGUACAAAAUCAGAUAGAGCACUUUGCCAGGACCUGCCUCUCCCUCCAGGACCCCAGGGAUAAAUUCCAAGGGUGAUUAACGUUUGUUUUGGAUGCAAUGGGACUGAGAACUGAGGCUGAGGGAAUUUUAUAACAGGAAGGAACUGUAUACAUUAUUCUCAGUAAUAUAUCUUCACCAAGCUUUUCACACUAAACCUGUAAUUGUAAAGGUGCAGUUUUACUUUAUAAUACAUGGAUCAUCUAGUGUUUUGAUAAGACCAAUAUCUCAAUACACAAAUAACACAUUUAUCAUACAAAAGAGCCCAAACUCUGAGUGAUGUUUCAAAUGCUUUCUCAGCAAAGAUGUAACAGCUGAAUACAUACAUUCAAUGCAGUGUCAAUAUAUACCCUUAGCUCUCGCCCCCUCCUUUCCACAAAAAUGUACUUCAGUACUUUUCCAUCACCCAGGAUUUCUCCAUGCAUAUCACAGAACUUCUUAUCAGUCAGGAGAGGCCUUGAGUUAUUGGGAGUACACAUUCCUACAGUCCACUAAAUAAUUACACUUCUCCUACACAAAGAACUUGAACCUAACACUACUUUCAAUCUCUAAGGAUAUAUAAAAAAAAACUCCCCUUCCUCCCCUUUCUUUCAGAUGUACAACAUGUUCCCUAGAAUCGUUUGGUGCUUUCCAGGCAAACCCCAUGAGAUGUUUUACUAUCAUAAACAAGGCCAAAGAUGACAUACAAGGGCAAGCAGAAAUAUGUCUUAAAACCCUGGACACCUCUGACCCUCAGGACUUCAUCGAGGCUUUCCUGGUUAAAAUGCUAGAGGUAGAAAACACGGCAUGAUCAUCACAUUGGAGGUCGAACCUCUUACACAUUAUGAAAAUAUGGAAUGUGGCUGGAAUUAAGACACCAUCCAUAUCCACUUAUGUGAGUUUGGCUAUCAAGAGUGAAUAGACAAGUGAGAGGCCCAUCUCUGGUUUUCCAACGUAUUUAGUAGCAAUAAGUAUGUGGAGAUCGCAUCAAGUUGUCACCAGAUGUCACUGUUUACUUGCACUUACAUAGGUAUCUUCUCUGUUCUCUUCUCUUAGGAGAAAGAUAAUCACAACACUGAGUUCAACUAUGAGAACAUGGUGAUGACUGUAUGGAACCUGUUUUCUGCUGGAACAGAAACCACAUCUUCCACCAUCCACCUCCUUUCUGAUGAAGUACCCUCAUGUUCAAGGUACCCCAUCUACCCAGGUCUUUAACGAUUGCAUCCAAGUCUCCUAGACCUAUUUGAAAACACUAAUCCAAAAAAGAAUAGUCCUGGACUAUAAGUUGUUUGAAAUGUGUUAUUACGAUGUAGUUACAUGUAAUAACUCCAACAACAAUCCGUAUAUGGUAUCAGUGCAACGUAAUGUAAAGUGUGACCGAAGUCUUCAUAAGGGAGUGUUCAGAAGGAGAUAGACGAGGUGAUUGGCUCAAGAGUGCUCACGAUUGACGACAGAGUUAAAAUGCCCUACAUGGACGCUGUCAUUCAUGAAGUCCAGAGAUAUAUGGAUCUCACUCCCACCUCUGUCCCCCACAGUGAUCAGAGAUACAGAGUUCCACAACUACCUCAUUCCAGAGGUGACCACAAUUCUGUAACUUUAGGAACACUGAAUGUUACAUUUCACCAUAUUUUGUUUGACUUGGUGGAAGUGUUGUUCAAAAAAUAUGAUUUACAUUUUACUAAUCAACAUGCAGUUUUCAUAGCAAGUGAAGGGUGUUAUUUUGACAUUCUUUCAGGGUACCAUGGUCCUGCCUCUGCUGUCCUCUGUGCUUGCUGAUCCCAAACUGUUCAAGAACCUAGAUGAGUUUGACCCAGAGAACUUCCUGGAUGAAAAUGGACGCUUUAAGAAAAAUGAUGGAUUCUUCCCUUUUGGAGUGGGUAAGAUCACGCUCCAAGUAGUUUAUAGAUUAUGUGAGUUAAUAACAAGAAACCUAGUGGCCUGGGGUAGUCUAGCGGUCUACGCCGCUGCCUCUCUGGAGCACAUGUACUUUGUUCCGCUGCCAGCAUGGGUUUGAAUUUGGCCCACUGCUUUUCUGCACGCUCUCCUAAUAACUUUCCUGUGUCUCUCUAUCCUAUCCACAAAAAAACAUGAAAAGAUAUGAGAGGAUUGGGACUACCCUAGCGUGGUGGAGCUAGCCUGAUCCACCAGCCUAGGACUUCCCCACUCAUUUUAAAAACAAAACAAGAAACCUGAGAACCUCUGGUCAACUUCAAUUAAACAAUUGAAGUUCUAGGCUGACUGACAAUGACCUCUCCCCUCUCCCUUCUCUUGUCCCCAGGGAAGCGGGUUGUGUCUGGGAGAGGCUCUGGCCAGAUUAGAGCUCUUUCUCCUCUUUACCUCCCUCCUGCAGCGCUUCACUUUCACCGGCACCAGACCUCCAGAGGAGAUCAACAUCGACCCAGCGUGCUACAGCUUUGGCCGCAUGCCGCCUUCCUAUGAUUGCUACAUCAAACUCAGGACUGAGGAGUGA